GACGAUCCUCCCUGCCCUCUCCAUAUAAAGCGGUCUCUCUGCUGAGAGUCCGGGAGACACUUCCACCUGCCCUCCAUCCUCCAGGACCACCUCUACCACUGAGACCAGAAUGCCUUUCGGAGGAGGAAACAAGUGCGGCCGCUGCCAGAAGACGGUCUACUUCGCCGAGGACGUCCAGUGUGAGGGCCAGAGCUGGCACAAGUCCUGCUUCCAGUGCAUGGUGUGCAAAAAGAGCCUGGACAGCACAACGGUGGCCGUCCAUGUGGACGAGAUCUACUGCAAGUCCUGCUACGGCAAGAAGUACGGGCCAAAAGGCUACGGGUUCGGGGGCGGAGCCGGGACCCUGAGCACGGACCGCGGAGAGCACCUCGGGAUCAAGCACGAAGCCCCAGCUGCCCACCAGCCCACCAACAACCCCAACGACUCCAAGUUUGCCCAGAACCUGCCGGGCUCUGACGUGUGUCUGCGCUGCAGCAAGACGGUCUACGCCGCCGAGAAGGUCAUCGCCGGGGGCAACUCCUGGCAUAAAGCCUGCUUCCGCUGUGCCAAAUGUGGCAAGGGGCUUGAGUCCACCACCGUGGCCGACAAAGAUGGAGAGAUCUACUGCAAAGCAUGCUACGGGAAGAACUUUGGCCCCAAGGGAUUUGGGUUCGGCCAGGGGGCCGGUGCUCUGGCGUACGCCCAGUGAAGAGGCGUCGGCCCCAACCACCCAAGCACCUCAGCACCCCAGCACCCCAGCACCCCAGCACCCCUCUCCGGGGAGCCCUCUGCCGCUAGCUGCAGCUCCCUCGGUCCGUUGCUGCCGACGGGAGCGUAGGAGCCCCAGGAGCGACGGCCCCCAGCUGUCGGUAUCGUGGGCUCUGAGCUUAACGCGCGAACCGCUUGAAAGUUUGAGCCUCACUCCCAGACAUACGCUCUGCAUUUUUCCUUCUCUUUUUGCUCUUGGGAUAAAAAAAAAUGAAGGUGUAAUAAUUUCAAAUAAAAAAAAAGAUUCAUUUGAGCAGCAAUAAACUUCACACAAAAGCUACACUACUGUUA